GGUGCCUGAAGGGCCGGCGGCGGGCGGGCGCAGGUUCCCAUCAUGGCGGCGGCGGCGGCUCUCCCGCUCUGGCUCUGGGCUGCACUGCUUGUCCUUGCGGCCGCGGUUUACGAAGACCAAGUGGGCAAAUUUGAUUGGAGACAGCAGUAUGUUGGGAAGCUCAAGUUUGCCUCCUUGGAAUUUUCCCCUGGAUCCAAGAAGUUGGUUGUGGCCACAGAGAAGAAUGUGAUUGCAGCAUUAAAUUCUCGGACUGGGGAGAUAUUGUGGCGCCAUGUUGACAAGGGCACGACAGAAGGGGCUGUGGAUGCCAUGCUGCUCUACGGACAAGAUGCAAUCACUGUGUCCAAUGGAGGCCGGAUCAUGCGUUCCUGGGAGACUAACAUUGGGGGCCUGAACUGGGAGAUUACCUUGGACAGUGGCAGUUUCCAGGCACUUGGGCUGGUAGGCCUGCAGGAAUCAGUGAGGUACAUUGCGGUCCUGAAGAAGACCACUCUUGCCCUGCAUCAUCUCUCCAGUGGGCACCUCAAGUGGGUGGAACAUCUCCCUGAAAGUGACAGCAUCCAUUACCAGAUGAUGUAUUCCUACGGGUCUGGGGUGGUGUGGGCCCUCGGAGUUGUUCCCUUCAGCCACGUGAACAUCGUCAAGUUUAAUGUGGAAGACGGAGAGAUUGUUCAGCAGGUCAGGGUGUCAACCCCCUGGCUUCAGAGUCUCACUGGAGCCUGUGGUGUGGUGGAUGAGGCUGUCCUGGUGUGCCCUGACCCGAGCUCACGGUCCCUCCAGACCUUGGCCCUGGAGACGGAGUGGGAGUUGAGGCAGAUCCCACUGCAGUCUCUUGACUUAGAAUUUGCAAGUGGAUUCCAGCCCCGGGUCCUGCCCACACAGCCCAACCCAGUGGAUCCUUCUCGGGCCCAGUUCUUCCUGCAGUUGUCCCCGAGCCACUAUGCUCUGCUGCAGUACCAUCACGGAGUCCUGAGUCUGCUCAAAACCUUCCCACAGGCUGCCCUCGUGAGCUUUGCCACCACUGGGGAGAAGACAGUGGCUGCAGUUGUGACUUGUCGCAGUGAAAUGCAGAAGCCUAGCAGUUCUGAAGAUGGGUCACUGGGGAGCUUUGCGGAGAAGCCCAGUGUUCAGGACUCACUGACUUGCUUCAACCAGACCUACACCAUUAAUCUCUACUUAGUGGAGACAGGUCGGCGGCUGCUUGAUACCACCAUCACCUUCAGUCUGGAACAGAAUGGCACUCGGCCAGAGCGGCUCUAUAUCCAGGUGUUCUUGAAGAAGGACGACUCGGUGGGCUACCGGGCCUUGGUGCAGACAGAGGAUCACCUGCUCCUUUUCCUGCAGCAGCUGGCAGGGAAGGUGGUGCUGUGGGGCCGGGAGGAGUCGUUGGCGGAGGUGGUGUGCCUGGAGAUGGUGGAUCUGCCCCUGACGGGUGCGCAGGCUGAGCUGGAAGGAGAAUUCGGCAAGAAGGCAGACGGCUUGCUGGGGAUGUUCCUGAAACGCCUCUCGUCCCAGCUCAUCUUGCUGCAGGCGUGGACUUCCCACCUCUGGAAGAUGUUUUACGACGCUCGAAAGCCCCGAAGUCAGAUUAAGAAUGAGAUCAACAUUGACACCCUAGCCAGAGAUGAAUUUAAUCUCCAGAAGAUGAUGGUGAUGGUGACAGCCUCGGGCAAGCUUUUUGGCAUUGAGAGCAGCUCUGGCACCAUCCUGUGGAAACAGUAUCUCCCCAAUGUCAAGUCAGACUCCUCCUUUAAACUGAUGGUCCAGAGGACUACUGCCCAUUUCCCCCACCCCCCACAGUGCACCCUCCUGGUAAAGGACAAGGAGACGGGAGUGAGUUCUCUGUAUGUCUUCAAUCCCAUCUUUGGCAAGUGGAGUCAGGUGGUUCCCCCACUGCUGAAGCGGCCCAUCUUGCAGUCUUUGCUUCUCCCCAUCAUGGAUCAAGACUAUGCCAAGGUGCUGCUGUUGAUCGAUGAUGAGUAUAAGGUCACGGCAUUCCCAGCCACUCGGAAUGUCUUGCGACAGCUACAUGAGCUCGCCCCUUCCAUCUUCUUCUAUUUGGUGGAUGCAGAACAGGGACGGCUAUGUGGAUAUCGACUUCGAAAGGAUCUUACCACUGAGCUGAGUUGGGAGCUGACUAUUCCCCCAGAAGUGCAGCGCAUCGUCAAGGUGAAGGGAAAGCGCAGCAGUGAGCACGUUCACUCCCAGGGCCGCGUGAUGGGGGACCGCAGCGUGCUCUAUAAGAGCUUGAACCCCAACCUGCUGGCCGUGGUGACAGAGAGCACAGACGUACACCAUGAACGCACCUUCAUUGGCAUCUUCCUCGUCGAUGGCGUCACCGGGCGCAUCAUCCACUCCUCCGUGCAGAGGAAAGCCAAGGGCCCCGUCCACAUUGUACACUCAGAGAACUGGGUGGUGUACCAGUACUGGAACACCAAGGCCCGGCGCAACGAGUUUACCGCGCUGGAGCUCUACGAGGGCACCGAGCAAUACAACGCCACCGCCUUCAGCUCCCUGGACCGCCCCCAGCUGCCCCAGGUCCUCCAGCAGUCCUACAUCUUCCCCUCCUCCAUCAGUGCCAUGGAAGCCACCAUCACUGAGCGGGGCAUCACCAGUCGGCACCUGCUUAUUGGGCUGCCUUCCGGAGCAAUUCUUUCCCUUCCUAAGGCCUUGUUGGAUCCCCGCCGUCCCGAGAUCCCAACAGAACAAAGCAGGGAGGAGAACCUGAUCCCGUAUUCCCCAGAUGUGCAGAUACACGCAGAGCGAUUCAUUAACUACAACCAGACGGUUUCUCGAAUGCGAGGUAUCUACACAGCUCCCUCAGGCCUGGAGUCCACUUGUUUGGUUGUGGCCUAUGGUUUGGACAUUUACCAAACUCGAGUCUACCCAUCCAAGCAGUUUGACGUCCUGAAGGAUGACUAUGACUAUGUGCUCAUCAGCAGUGUCCUCUUUGGCCUGGUGUUUGCCACCAUGAUAACCAAGAGACUGGCGCAGGUGAAGCUCCUGAAUCGGGCCUGGCGGUAAGGAUGCAGGACCCCACUGCCGGAGAGCGGAGAGCUUGGGGCAGCGAGGGCCGGACGGGGAGCUCCAGCUGCGGUGGGACGGGUCAGGCGAGGACGGGUGUCGGGUGUUCAUCUCAGCUGAGUCGUGGGAAGAAGCUGGACUUUCGCGGAGCCUCCUCGGGACAGGUCUGCCGCAGCGUCGGUUGCGGAAGGAGGCU